AUUAUUGAUUUUUUCGUGACAAUAAUGUAUUAAAUAUUUUCCGUCUAUUAAAAGUAUAUAAUAAUGAUACGUAUAACAGACAACAGUAUAUUAUCGAGCAGAUCUAUUGAUUCAGAUUAUCGUUGUUUUCUUGAUGUCAGGUUUCCGGUACCUACACCACCUAAAUUGAUAUCCACCUCAGUUUUUCAUCAUCAUAUACCAGCAGGGCACUUAAUUACCUCGCCUACUGGACUUACGACGCAUCAGGUUAACUCAAAAUAAAUUAAUUGUAAAAACACCGUUUCGAUCUGCAGUAGGUACUAGUAGACUAGUGGAGAAAAAAGUUUAGGUUCAACAAACUUUGAGUGUUUACCUAUUACCUAGCUCGGUAUGGAGACGGUGGAUGUGGCAUCCGAGUCUUCUGAGGCCGCUGCUCACCGGCCACCGAUCGUCAGUCUGGACUUCAAUGAAGCGAUGGCCGACUUUAAGACGAUGUUCCCGACGCUCGAUGACGAAGUGAUUGAGGCUGUGUUGCGGUGCAACAAGGGAAGCGUGGACCGUACUGUCGAUCAACUGUUGACGAUGAGUUGCGAGUGUCGUGUGGCUGACAUGCUUAACGGGCCGGGCAGCAACGACCUUAGUACUCUGUCUUUACAACCUGCCUUAUUCAACUCGAUGUUACCCGACGUGUUACACAACCUCGGCAAAAAAACUGACCAAAAUAUCGACGGCUCUUCAUUAAGCCGUUGGAACCCGCCAAUGCUCGGGCCCUUGCCCACCGACUUUCUCAGGAUCACGACCGUUGGCAGUUGCACAUCACAAGUAAACGUUUCAGAGAGCGAACUCAACGACGAGCAAAUAGCAAUUUUAUUACAAAACGAAGAAUUUCUAGUGCAACUGCGUAAAAACGAACAAUUUCUCUCCACUUUGGAUAAAGAUAGUCCUAUGGAAGAACAAAGGUUCUUUACCCAAAAUCAUACACCAAGUGACGAUGAUGCCGCAUUUAAAGAAAGGCUGAAAAAUAUGGGAAAAGCUUCCAGAAAGAAAUUUAUCCAAAUUGCGCGAGUAUUCACAGGAAAAAAGAAGAAGAGCUCAGCACGCAAUAUAUUGAAUCAAGGAGACACUCACACAAAAGACAAUUUAUUUCUACAUGAAGAAGAACAUUGAUACAAAUAUUUUACUUAUUGUUAUUUUUUAGAAAAUAACUUGUUUGUUUUUUAUUCAAUUCUGUUAUUGUUAUUAU